UGUUUCUGACUGCAAGGCAAGAAGCAGAGAACAGACUAAACCAGGCCAGCAGAGGAAAAAAAACCUGCAGCCCAAAACUCAAACUGAGCAGAGUUUUUGAGAGAGAGAAACCUGUUGGAUUUACUACAGAGAUCUUUUCAUUUUCAUUUAAUGAUUUUUUUUUUGCAACAAGUCAGACCUGCACAUAACUUUAUAUUGCACUGGAUUUGAUCUCUUUUUGGGGGACAGAUUUGUGGAAGACUUUGUAUAGCUUAUAGUGGGAAAACCUUUUUUUUUAAAGGAUCUAUUUGCUUUCCUCUGUAGAGACUCUAUUGUCAGUUUUUGUCUUUUUCUACUUGUCGGAUUUCACAGUGAUAUGAUGAGGUUUUUACACGUUUGCAUUGGUUUGAUCGCCUCUCUGUGCGUCGUCGAAGCUGCCUGGCAGGAGAGCACCGUGGUGCCGGUCAGACUGGACCCGGUGGAGAGCAGAACCGAACCGUGGAGGACUCUCUCCGCGGAGGAGAAGGAGAAGGAGCUGGAGAUGAGGGAGUACCGCUUGGACGUGUUUGGCAAGGAGCUCAUCUUGAAGCUAGAGCCUGACCAGACCUUCUUGGCGCCAGGGUUUGUCUUCCACAUUGUUGGGAGUCCAGAACCGACGCAAGAACCCAAAACUGGAGCCGAACCGGGCUGUUUCUUCUCCGGUACCGUGAACGGAGAUGAGGAGCACUCUGCAGCUGCUCUCAACCUGUGCAACGGACUCAGAGGCGGAUUCUACUACCGGGGAGAAGAGUAUUUCAUCCAGCCGCUCAACUCCUCAAGCACCGAGGAGGAGGACGUCCACACGAUCCGCCGGAGAGGUCGGGCAGCUCUGGCCGAGGAAGGGAGCUCCAAGUGCGGGGUGAACGAGGACGAGGAGAGGGUGCCAAAGAACCUGGAGGAAGAGGAGAAGAAAGAAGCCUCUAAUGCAGAACAGACAGCCCACCACAGAACCAGACGUUUUGUCUCCACCCCUCGCUACAUGGAGAUCAUGCUAGUGGCCGACCAGUCCAUGGCCGAGUUCCACGGCGCCGGACUCAAGCCCUACCUGCUGACCAUCAUGGCGGUGGCGUCCCGCCUAUACCGCCACCACAGCAUCCUCAACUCCAUCAGCCUGGCGGUGGUGAAGCUGAUGGUGGUGUACGAGGAGGAGCGAGGGCCUCAGGUGUCGGCCAACGCCGCCAUGACCCUCCGCAACUUCUGCCAGUGGCAGAAGCAGCACAACCCGCCGAGCGACCGCCACCCCGAGCACUAUGACACCGCCGUGCUUUUCACCAGGACGGACCUGUGUGGUGCCCACUCUUGUGACACUUUGGGCAUGGCAGAUGUUGGCACCGUGUGCGACCCCGAGAGAAGCUGCUCGAUUAUUGAGGAUGAUGGGCUCCAAGCAGCAUUUACUGUAGCACAUGAGCUGGGCCACGUCUUCAACAUGCCUCACGAUGACGCCCAGUUGUGCUCCGGGGUCAACGGCGCCCACUGGGGCUCCCACAUGAUGGCCUCCACCCUGUCCAACCUGGACCAGCAGCAGCCAUGGUCCCCCUGCUCCGCCCUCAUGGUCACCACCUUCCUGGACAACGGCCACGGCCAGUGCCUGCUGGACAAACCGGUCAAACCUCAGCCGCUGCCCCAGCCCCUGCCCGGGACGGUCUAUGACGCCGACCAUCAGUGUCGGCUGACCUUUGGCGAUGACUCCCAGCACUGCACAGAUCUGAGUACCACGUGCGCGGCUCUGUGGUGCACUGUGACCACAUCCAAUGGUUUGCUGGUGUGCCAGACUAAGAACUUCCCCUGGGCUGAUGGGACGGCGUGCGGGCAUGACAGCUACUGCCUGGCCGGGCAUUGUCUCACUAAGAGCCAAGCGGCCAAACACCAGACUCCUGUCAAUGGUGGCUGGGGGGUGUGGGGUCCUUGGGGCGACUGCUCUCGGACCUGCGGUGGAGGGGUGCAGUACUCUUUCCGUUCCUGUGAAAACCCUUUGCCCAAGAACGGCGGCAAGUACUGUGAGGGCAAGAGGAUCCAGUACCGCUCCUGUAACACCGACACCUGCCCUGAUACCAACAGCCUGUUAUUCCGUGAGGAACAGUGCUUGGCCCACAACGACAUGUCGGCCCAAGUGUCUCUGGGUUCAGGCGAGGGCGUCGAGUGGGUGCCCAAGUAUGCUGGAGUGUCACCCAAAGACCGCUGCAAGCUGGUGUGCCGGGCCAAGGGGACUGGAUACUUCUUUGUCCUCAAAACUAAGGUGGCUGAUGGCACACCCUGCAGCCCAGACUCCACCUCGGUUUGUGUCCAAGGCCAGUGUGUCAAGGCUGGGUGUGAUCGUGUCAUCGGCUCUAACCGGCGCUUUGAUAAGUGCAGCGUGUGCGGCGGAGACGGCUCUACCUGCAAGAAAGUGUCUGGCUCUCUGGAGCGUGCCAGGCCCGGUUACCAGGAUGUUGUCACCAUCCCUGCUGGUGCCACCCACGUGGACGUCAAGCAGCGUUCCCCAGGCAGUAGUCGUCAUGAUAACAGCUACUUGGCAGUGCAACGCCGGGACGGAACCUAUCUGUUAAACGGCGAAUACAAACUGAUGACUAUGGAGACUGACAUCGCCUUGCGAGGGGCACACUUGCGGUACAGCGGCUCCUCUGCCACUCUGGAGCGCAUCCGGAGCUUCGCCCCACUCCCCGAGCCCCUCACCAUUCAGGUUCUGUCUGUGGGGGAAUCCCCAAGGCCCCGGGUGAAGUACAGCUACUUUGCCCCAAGACCCAACAACACUGCUUCGGUCUCCAGCGGCAAUGGAGGCCGCCGCCAGUCCAUCAAUGCCAUCAGGGAGGUGGGUGGAGCUGAGUGGACCCUGAGGGAGUGGGGUCCGUGCUCCCAGACCUGUGGUGGAGGUAUGCAGCAGAGAGAGGUGGUGUGUCUAGACCCCCAAGGUCGUCCUUCCAGCGACUGCCCAGAGGAGCUGCGCCCCUUGGCCGCGCGGUCCUGCUCCAGCCAGCCCUGUCCUUACUGGCUUCUCGGAGAAUGGUCGUUGUGCUCCAAGACCUGCGGCCGGGGCUUCCGCAAACGCCAACUGCGCUGCAUCGGCCAAGACAGGCGCACGCUAAACCACGACAGCUGUGAUCCCAAAACCCGGCCGCGACCCCUCCUGGAACUGUGCAAUCUGACUGGCUGUUAAGGACUGUUCCCAGACCUCCUUUCAUACACCCGGCUUUCAGAAAGAUGAAAAACUCUGACCUUCACGGCCUCCUUUUUUCCCACGGACAAACUAAAGAGGCCGAUGAAUGUUUACAUCCAGAGCAAGAGUGGUUUUCAUGGGUUCCAGGUAGUCUAACAGUCCCACAAUGGGUCCUCAAUGACUGCGACAAAUUUUUACCCAUUCCCUCCAUCCAUUUCGGGGCCAGACGUUGGUCCACAGUGGCACUGCCUCCUGGUUGAAGCAAUAAAGACUGAUUACAGUUCGCUGCCUGUGUGGCCUCAGGGCAGCAGUGGCACAUUAUGCCUCCCAACAGGGGAAAGAAAGCAUGGACAUUCCUCAUUUCCUAAAGGAACGUGCUGCUUACGGUGCCAAUGUCAUGCUUGUGUGUGUGCGAGAGUGUGUGAGUGUGAGACAGAAAUUUUUAAUGCAUUUAUAUGAUGUUUGUCCAAGCUGGGCUGGACGGACACAUAAGGGAUUUGGGGGGUGGGGGGAGGGAACUGCAGAGAAUAUAUAAAGAAAUGAAAGAGAGUAGCUCAUAUUCUACUUACUCACCCCAUCAGGUAUGGAAAAUAAGAUAGCGAAUAGUCAUAAUAGUGUUUAUGUUCAAACUUGCCAGUUUAUUUAUCACAAACCUGUAGCACUUCAUCUUUGUUUUUUUUGCCAGCGGCACAUCGUAACACCCAGUUGUCUCUAAAUGCCUCAGUACGCUGUACUUUAGCCAUAUCUUGCCUUCGUCUACACAGCCUUCAAUGAGGGAACUGUUCAAAGACCAAAGAGGAGUGUAUGUGUGAGCGUGUGUGUGUGUGCACGUGUGUGUGCAUGUGUGUAUGUGUGUGUGUGUGGAGACCUAAAGAGGGACUUGUCUCCUGCUACUACUUCAUAAGUAAGUCUCUCCUGCCUUCUGCGAAGGUUUUUUUUUUUUCUAUCAAGACUUUUUCCUUUUGUACAGAAUAUCCAAACAUUAUUUAUUUUUGUACAGCCUGUUAAAUAUAAUCAUGUUGCUUUUUUUAAUAUUAUUUUUUAUUUGUUAUUGAGAUCACAGAAGGGAGUAGAAUAUAUAGAGUAUUUAUACAGUAUAUAUAUAUGGUCCUAGGUUCAUGAAUAAAGUAUCACAUUGACUUGUGAAGCAAAUGUU